GAGUGGCCCGGUUCCCUCUGCUCCAGGCCCCCGCCCCUCGCAGCUCCCUCGGAGUCCCCAGUCAAGCUGUCCCCUUUCCUUCCUCACGGAAUGGGGCUGGCGCUGCUCCGGGUCGCGCGCCUUGGACCCGACUCGCGCUCGGUCUCGCGCUGUCAGCGACUGCCCGGCUCGCGCCGCCUCGCGCUCUCCCUCACUCUCUGGCGCCGAAGGCUCCGUUAAGCAGCGGCGGCGGUGGUUCCUGUUUCCGUUUCUUCCUCUCCCUUCAGUCGAGAGUAGCAUCCUCCACCCAGCCACCCCUCCAACUCCCACACGCAGGGCAGCUGCGGCUGAGGGCUGUAGCGGCGGCAACUGGGAAACAGCGGAGACCGCCUCUGCUCCGCCUCGGGUUGCUACUUUUGUUAAGAGAAUACCCAUGACCCUGAUGGUGUUUUCAUUCACAACAAAGUGCUCUAUUGCCCUUACUGAUUAACUGAACAAAUUCAGAGGAAGGGAAGAAGAAAGAGAGGGAGAGAAACAUCAGUUGGUUGCCUCUUGUAUGGACCUCAAGCAGGGAUCGAACUGCAACCCAGGAUGUUCCCUGACUGGGAAUCAGACUGGUAACCUUGUACUUUGUGGAAUGCUGCCAAACCAACUGAACCACACCAGUCAGGUUGAUAAUAUCAGUGACCCAGAUUCAAGCAAUACUAUGUUUCUCUGGAAAUAUGUGGUUUCGUCAGUUUCAUAUGUUCUAGGGGAAUGAAGCAUGUUGAGUCCAUGAAGCACAGGACAAUAAAGGUUCCUAUUUACACAACCAAGAGAAUCUCUUCGAAAGAUUCACCACAGGACUACCAGAGACACUAAUUUGAAUCAUCAUGUGUUGAAACAGUAGGACACUACUACCUUUGCACUAACAGGAAACAGAAUUACGAUGUUUGCAAUUCUUUGAACUCUAGAAAGCCAGGAGAGUGAGUUGAAAAUCUGAAAAUGCGGCCAUGGACUGGUUCCUGGCGUUGGAUUAUGCUCAUUCUUUUUGCCUGGGGGACCUUGCUGUUUUAUAUAGGUGGUCAUUUGGUACGAGAUAAUGACCACCCUGAUCACUCUAGCCGAGAACUGUCCAAGAUCCUGGCAAAGCUUGAACGCUUAAAACAGCAAAAUGAAGAUUUGAGGCGAAUGGCUGAAUCUCUCCGGAUACCAGAAGGCCCCAUUGAUCAGGGGCCAGCUUCUGGAAGGAUUCGUGCUUUAGAAGAGCAACUUGUGAAGGCCAAAGAACAAAUUGAAAAUUAUAAGAAACAAACGAGAAAUGGUUUAGGAAAGGAUCAUGAAAUCCUAAGGAGGAGGAUUGAAAAUGGAGCUAAAGAACUUUGGUUUUUUCUACAAAGUGAACUGAAGAAAUUAAAGAAUUUAGAAGGGAGUGAACUCCAAAGACAUGCAGAUGAAUUUCUGUCAGAUUUGGGACAUCAUGAAAGGUCAAUAAUGACGGAUCUAUACUACCUCAGUCAAACAGAUGGAGCAGGUGAUUGGAGGGAAAAAGAGGCCAAAGAUCUGACAGAACUGGUCCAGCGGAGAAUAACAUAUCUUCAGAAUCCCAAGGACUGUAGCAAAGCCAAGAAGCUGGUGUGUAAUAUCAACAAAGGCUGUGGCUAUGGCUGUCAACUCCAUCACGUGGUCUACUGCUUCAUGAUUGCAUAUGGCACCCAGCGAACACUGAUCUUAGAAUCUCAGAACUGGCGCUAUGCUACUGGUGGAUGGGAAACUGUGUUCAGACCUGUAAGUGAGACCUGCACAGACAGAUCUGGCAUCUCCGCUGGACACUGGUCAGGUGAAAUAAAGGACAAAAAUGUUCAGGUGGUCGAGCUCCCGAUUGUAGACAGUCUUCAUCCUCGUCCUCCAUAUUUACCCCUGGCUGUACCAGAAGACCUUGCAGACCGACUUGUUCGAGUCCAUGGAGAUCCUGCAGUGUGGUGGGUGUCUCAGUUUGUCAAAUACUUGAUCCGCCCACAACCUUGGCUGGAAAAGGAAAUAGAAGAGGCCACCAAGAAGCUUGGUUUCAAACAUCCAGUGAUUGGAGUUCAUGUCAGACGCACAGACAAAGUGGGAACCGAAGCUGCCUUCCACCCCAUUGAGGAGUACAUGGUGCACGUGGAAGAACAUUUUCAUCUUCUCGCUCGCAGGAUGCAAGUGGAUAAAAAAAGAGUGUAUUUGGCCACAGAUGACCCUUCUUUAUUAAAGGAGGCAAAAACAAAGUACCCCAGUUAUGAAUUUAUCAGUGAUAAUUCUAUCUCUUGGUCAGCUGGACUACACAAUCGAUACACAGAAAAUUCACUUCGGGGUGUGAUUCUGGACAUACACUUUCUGUCCCAGGCAGACUUCCUAGUGUGCACUUUUUCCUCCCAGGUCUGUCGAGUUGCUUAUGAAAUCAUGCAAACACUGCAUCCUGAUGCCUCGGCAAACUUCCACUCUUUGGAUGACAUCUACUAUUUUGGGGGCCAGAAUGCCCACAACCAGAUUGCUAUUUAUCCCCACCAACCUCGGACUGCGGAUGAAAUUCCUAUGGAACCUGGAGACGUCAUUGGUGUUGCUGGAAAUCACUGGGAUGGCUAUUCUAAAGGUGUCAACAGGAAACUGGGAAGGACGGGCCUAUAUCCCUCCUACAAAGUCCGAGAGAAGAUAGAGACAGUCAAGUACCCCACAUAUCCCGAGGCUGAGAAAUAGAGCUUACGAUGGAUGAGCAGGACAACCAAACGCAGUUGAAAACAUUUGAGCCGAACAGCAGAUGAAGGAAGGCCCUGACCUAACCACACUUGGUUGUAUGAGCAACACCCUCAGUCAGCCCCGGGAGCACCUUAGAACUGACAGAUGAUGCUUCGUUGGUGGAAUUCCUCUCCAACAAGGGCUGCGAUGCCCACAACCCAAGGGUGGUCCAAUAAUGUACUCACAUAUAACAUGAAAACAGGUUGUUUUCUACUUUGCGCCUUCUUUCAGGAUUGUGUCUCCAUGAAAAAAACACUGCCACAUUGUGUAAUUUAAGUGACACAGAAGUUUUGUGUGAGACUUCAAACAUGGUGCCUAUAUCUGAGAGACCUCUGAGACCUAAGGAGAACAUUUGAAUAGCUCCCCGUGGUGGGGAGGUUAAUUAUUUGCCAGUGGUGGUAUUGUAACCACUGAAUGCACUCUAAUCAGCAGAUGCAGAAUGAGAAUGGAUGUUUUGUCUGGAAUUUUUUUUUAAGUAAUUGCAUCAGUUCAUUCACCUCAUCUUUAGUAAGUGAAGGAGAUACAUCAGAAUAAAAUAUUCACACUCCAUUAGGAACUUUUGUAAAAGGAGGCCAUGAGCAGAUUCUUUAGUAUUCUGUGUUUGGACAUUCUCUUUGAUAACAAAAAAUAAAUUUUAAAAAGAGGAAUUUUGUAAAGUUUCUAGAAUUUUACAUCAUUGGAUAAUGUUGCGGUCAGCUUUAUAGUUAAAAAACUAUGAUAAAAAGAGGAGUUUUAUAAUUUUUUUUUGCUUUUUGUUCCUGUUUCUGAUCGAGUGACUAAUCAGAUCAGGGUCAAGCGUCAUUGCUCCUUUUCGACACUGGAAACUGAGUUUACUUGGUGCAUAUUACAAGGUUGCUAAGAAUACUCUGGGAGGUUUUAUUCUCUUCGUUUGGACAUUGUUUAUUUGUUUUUACUGAUUUAAAUAAUUAUGCUCCUUGCCCUCAGAGAAACUGUCACCUUUAUUCUAAAACUAAUAGUUUCAGGCCUGUUGGUAACCUUUCUUCCUAUAGCUAUUGCCACUUUUUUUGUGAGUUUUGUGUCCUUUGUUUUAUCCAGGAACCAGUUUUUCUCUUUUCUAUCAUAUCCUGCUUUUGAGAGUACCAGGAAUUUUUGGGUUGGGAAGCUGGCACUUUUUCUGAAACACAGUCUCACAGGGUAUCAAAUUCAGUGAACAAAGGAGAGAAGAACCAGUGUGAGAUCCCAAAUGGGUCUUGGGAUUAUCUCUCCCAACUACUUCCUUUUAGUAAUUCCCUGUUAGAAUCACUUCAGAAGACAAGGCUUUGAUGUUCUCCAUGCUUUCUCUCUCAAGAUCACUUUUUCCUUCAUAAAAACACUUUUCUAUUUUCUGUAGCCUGCCUCCUUUAGAUGCCUGGCAAGAGCAUUACAUAGCUCUGCCUUCUGAAAGAAAAAAAAUUGGAUCCUUGUAAGAACCAGUAGCAGGCCUGGCGUUGAACAUUCGGAACCCCAGCCAGAAAAUCUCUGUCCUUUACAUCCUCGCUAAACGAAAAUACCUGUAUGCAAAAUUUCCCCACCAAACUUCGCUCAGUUUUUUUUUGUUCCUUUCCAGUCAAGUCUCCCAAAGAGCAAAAAGUACCUAUAGUGUCAGUAAGCAAUUUUCAAUUUAGUUUUGGUACACAUAAAUGUCACUUGAAACAAAAAUCUCCAACUGAGCAGGAGUACUUUUGAAUGUGAGUUGUUUUCUUAUUACCGUCUCACUUGCCAUCAGAGCAUAAAUAACCGUGGUUACUGGUAAUAACUGCUUUAUAUUUCUCUGUAGCAUUCCUGUUUUUAAUCAUUGUAAACAUGUUUUUCUUUACUUCAUUGAACAUAGUUAUAAUAACUGUUUCUUUUCUGCUAAAUCCAACAUAUGAAUCAUCUCAGAGUGAGACUUCUUUGUUUGUCUUUUCUCCAGAGAGAGUCCUGUUUUUAUGGUUCUUCAAAUGUUGAGUAAUUUUAGAUCGUAUCCUGAAUGUUAUACAUGAUUAUGUUGUGCAUUCUGUUGUAUUUCUCUGAAGAGUACUGAUUUUUUUUCUUUGUUCGUUUGUUAGCAGGCAUUUAACUUCAUUGAACUUAGACUGUAAACUGUCUUGGGCAGCAGCUCAGAUCUCAAUGAUUUUAGCUUUAGCUGAUGCCUCUCUCACACGUAUGGUUGUAUGGUUCAGGGGUGAGCCAGAGAUGUGGGUAGAGUUUAUACACGAAUUCAGGCUCUUUCUUCUGAGAUUUUUCCCCUCACUUUCCAGAAGCUGUGGUUGCUCUGAUUCUUCAGCCAGAGAGGCCGCAGUUUUCUAUCAGCCUAAAAGCCAUAAAACCGGCAACUCACCUUGUGCCAUUUUCUUCUUCCAAGUUUCAGCCUCUCUCCAGAACUUGCCUGCUCUUUUGUUUAUUCACCAAUGCCUUCAGGUAUUUUUGUAUUUUUGUCAGGAGUUUAUAGUUGUUUUUCUUUGGAAGAUCUAUCCAGUAGACACUUAAACACCAUACAGGAGGUGAAACUCUGAGGCAGCGACUUAAAAUGAGAAAGCAUAGUUGGGGAGGGGGAUCUCAGUCCCAUGACAGCCUUCUGUUCAGACUCCAGCCUUAAUAGCUAAGGAGCAGUAGCUCCAAUCAGGAAGGAAAAUGUAUUAACUGUUUGGUUCAACCUGCAGGUGCGAAGGGCUAAUGAAUACUGCUGACCACAUCUUAGUGAAAAGCUUUCCUGAGCUACAUUUUUUGCAAGUCGUCAUGUGCAUGGUGACGAUCCCUCCUUUACACACUGCUGCCUUGGAGGGGCUGCUGUAUCCUCACCCUGUGGUAUUUUCUCCAUGAGGACCUGGUACUUUAAAACUCUGCAUGGUUGGAAUUGAGUGACCAGUGCUUCCCAGAUUAGGAAGAUUUAGGUCUUGUCCUGGUUACAACACUCAUUUCUCAAAGAGCCUUGUGUAGAAUCAAAUUACUAGCCUGGACUCACUGAAUGUGAGUACCAGAAUUCUGUGUAUCGGUGACAAAGCCGUUAUGAAAGUGUCUUCCCAAGGGUUUCCUGUCCUACCACUCAAGUCUGAUUUAGUGCCCGCUGGAGAGUUCAUGCCUGUUGUGAGUGGGCUCGCAGCCCUAAUUCAGUGUUUCUUUGUGUCCCAAAUCUAAGAGACUAGUUUCUUCCCUUUCUGAGCUUAGUUUUUUCUUUUACAUAGACCCUAGCCUGUUUCCUGUGUUCCCACUUAAGAAAGUUGAGAACAUCAACAGACUCAGCUUCUGAGGAGGGUGAGGAUCAAAAGAGAAAAAGCACAUUUAAAAAUCCAUCUCAUAGAAUGAUUGUCAUCAUCAUUUAGUUCUGAGAAAAUACUGUCCUUGUAUAUUCAGCAAGUGGGAAAAGUAUUAGAAUCUAAAUAAUGCAUCUAGAAGAAUCUCCUCUGCCUCCAUGAGAAUAAAUCUCCCUACUUGAGGGAUAGCAGACAAGUCUCUGACCACAGCCAACAGCCUGAUAUUUCACUUGUGCUCCCAGGAGGCCAGGCAAUAGCCAGGAUGGAUAGACCUGAACAGAAUGAAUGUGUGGCUUGGGUUUUGAUGAGUCUUGGAACUUGGCUCUAACACCUUAAUUUAUGCCACAUGGAGGCUCUAGGGAAUUUUUUUUAAUGCGUUGCCCAGAGGGAAGCACAAAGGGAAAUUUGCCUCUCUACUUACUGGUUCCUGGCAGCAGUCUUUCUCAUGGAAACGUGGGGAAGUUGUUCCAGGAUCCUUGGCAGGGCAAAGGCAGACCUUGGCAAGUUCUUUGGCUUCAACUGUCAUCGACAUUAUGCAUGUUUGAGCACUUGCCCUUUGAUAGUGUGCUUGUUUUUGGUCCUUUGUACAAGUCAGAAUCUCUGACUCAGCGCCUGCUCAGCUAUUCGGCCUUGUCAUCUUCAGUCCAGUUCAGUUGCCACCCGCUCCUGCUCUCCUCCAUAAAUAAGGCAGUUUUGAUUUGUAUUCCUUCUACUUUUAUGGAGUAUGAUCUCAUGUGAAGGGCUCCACAGUUACUAUUCCAUUCCUCAUACAGUCCAAUCCUAGUUACUUGCAUAGACUAUAAGUGUGUCCUUGGUAUUGUCGAGAUAUGAAGGGAACCCAAUACCCCAUUGGACAGUUUUAUAUAGUACAUUCCUGGACCUGAGAUACAAUGAAGCUGUGAUAUUAUGUAUUCAUGGUCAUUUACGCUAAAGAUUUCAAAGAUUUACAAAUCAAUGUCAAUAUACUCAAGAGGAGCAUGGCUAGGGCAUCCUUUGCAUAAAACUAUGUCAAUUUGGACCGAGUCUGUACGUUUUAAAAGCAAUGUGUUGAAGGCCGUGGCCAUAGUCAUUUGACAUUUUGAGAAGAAAGCCAGGAAGAGAGUUCAGAGCUCCUGACCUCCUGUCAUCUGUAACUGUUCUUUAUAACCUCUUCCCCCCCUUCCCUGAGUCCAUGUCCCGUAGAGGCUAUUGUUCCCACUAACUGCCUGUGUGGGUAGGGAAAAGGCCAUUUGCAAAGGAAAAAGUAGCAUGUUGGGCGUAACCCAGCUGGUUUUGAGAGCAUCUCUGGAGGCUGGGAAUGUGCAGUGCUUUCUGCCCAGAGCAGGAAUAGUUUAGACUGUGGGUAUGGUCAGCAGCCUGAGGAAUGCUGGGACUUUGAGUCUCUGGCUUGUUGUAACUUCCCUAGUGGAUUGCAGCCCCUGAGAAUUUCUAGCCCAGCGCAGGGAAUGCAGGGUAGUGCUGCAAAAGCAGAAGACCUAGUUCUCUGUUUUGUUUCUCCUUGUCAUGGUUCCAAGGAGAACCAUGGUGUUGUCCCUUUAUCUCAAAUUCUUUAGGGGAAAGAUCAACAGGACUCACGAAAGAUCACUGAACUUGGAUUCAGAACAUCUGGCCUUCUAAUUUUGACUGCCAUUAAAUGUAGACAGGUCAAAUGGUUUUUCAGAGCUCCAAUUUCUUCAACUGUGGAACGAAAUGUUGGAUUUAAUCAGGGUUUGCAAAUGUUAAUGUCUGAUUGGAUUCUGCAUAUCUGAAGUGAAUAGCUACUACUUGGCUUUGGCUGAUUCUUGUUCAAAGGACAUAAUGUGGCCAUAUCUUUUUUUUUUUUUUUGUAAGAUGAGCAAAAUCUAUUUUUAUGCUAAAUCUUCAGAUUUUUAAAUUCACUAAAAGAUAACUAAAGGGAGGCAAAUAAAGCAUCUGUGGCUACUUUUGGUCUAUAGUCUAUUAGUUUACAACCUCUGGACUGGAUAUAGAAGGUUCUUAUCAAACUUCAUGACUGCCUGUGAAAAGGAUUAGUAGGAGGGGUAACAGCUGUACAGUGCUUUCAAGUUCAGUUGCUGCAUGGACCCCAGUUCUUUGGAAAUGUCUGCUUGGCUGGCUCUCAUCUUUGGGCUCAACAGUGACCAAGUAUGCUGAAGGACAGCUGUGCUGCGAUGGUUCACACCCUGGGCCCCCCUCAGACUUGGCCUUGAGGACCCAAAUCUCAAUUGCCUUGACCAGCACUCCUGAUUUUCUACACUCAGGCUCACAGACUGGUGAUGACUCAACAGGCCACAAAUUUAGUUGUCCCCCGUGGGAAGUUACUGCUCUUUUUCUCCAUUACAUCCAAAUAUCAAGGCAUCAGGUUACGCUUCAAGUCUUUGGUUCAAGUAUAGAGUGGUAUCAGGACUCUUGGUGGUCUUUAAGAAAGCGCAGUGAACUAUGAGGUGCUGAAUUAUUAAUGAUGAGCAGAUACUUUUUGAAAAAUGAGAUUGCUAACAUACAGAUUGAUAAAUUUGACAAGUCAUGAGUAAGGUUUUAGACUAGAUUAUUUAAAAAGUAAUAACUUUGAGAACCGGACACACCAGACUAUUUAUUGUUUCCAUAUGAGAAUUACAAUAAUAGCCAACAUUUAAUGAGCACUUUCUAUGUACUUGGGGUUUUCCUAAGCACUUUACCUGGGUUACUUUAUAAUCAUCAUAAUCACAAGGUAGAUACUGUUAAUUACCUUCUGAAGCACAGAAAGCUUAAAUAAUUAUAGAGUGGUGUGGCCAGGAUGCCAAUUGCUUUGCAUUUAACCACUUCAAGGAAUACUGUACCUGAGCAUCCUGCCUCUGUGAUUUCAGCAUGGCACUUAACUGUGUUAUUGUGGAGAAGACAGACUAACUGAGGCUGCACGAGCACAAGUAGUUGUGCUAAGAAUUAGCUGUAUUUAUUCAACAGGUCUGAUUAACUCAAGCCAUGCUGGUUUGCCAUAGAGCUCCAUACAGACUUGCUCACACAGUUUAUUAAUGCUUUGAAAAAGGACAUUCAUGGGAAUAGUGUGAUGCAGUUAAAAGUAUGCAUUCUCUUGUCAAUCUGCUUGGGUUCAAACCCUGUGUUCUCGACCAAUCGACCCUGUGGCCUUGAGCAAGUAACAGCAUUUCUAUACCUUUGUUUAUCUAUUAAUUAUAAUAACUACUUCAUCAUGUUUUUGUGAGGGGUAAAUACCAUGAAAAUCUCGUAGCCAAAUGCCUGGCAAAAACUCAACUAAUCUGAGCCAUUGUUACUAUUGUUAUUGCAUUGUUAUCAAAUUUUUUAGUGACUAAAGGCUGAGAUAAUGGCAAAUUAUACUGUUUAAGAGAAUCAGGAUCCCUAAGAGUUGCUUAAAAAUUGAAAUGAAGGGGUAAGUCUAGCAUGUAUUCAAGGCUAAGCAUCACUGCAGUAGAUAAUGAACACUGGAGCACUUAAGAUACCGCACGGCUUAUGGAUGGAGUGUGUUCUUAGAUCCAGAAGGCCAGGUGUGCCUCCGCUCAGCCUGUGGGAGAUGGAACUAAAGACUUAGAGCUAAGUUAGUUGGCCAUAAACUUGGUGUUGCCAGUAGUGUGCUGGGACUCCCCCGGCCCCUCAAAAACAGAAGUCUCUGGGCAGGGAGGGUAUUGGACUGUUAAAUCUUACCUUAAAUCCUGUGCUUGGUAUUCUGAGGUAGCAUCUCCAAAUAUUGGUGAGGCUGCAAUGUGAAAAAGCAAACAGGGUUGUUUUAUGUGACUGUAGACGUGUGCAGAAGCAGUAACAACGAGGAUAAGUUUGCCUCAACAUAGAAAAGAACUUCCUAAUAAAUUAUGUUGUUGAUAAUAAAGAACACAGGCUAAUAUAGGUGACACCUGCCUGCUCUCGCAAGGCUGUCCAAGGAGAAUUGGAUGACAAAGGAAAGGAACCUUAAGCAUGUGACAGGUGAGAUAGCCCCUAACUUCCAGCCCCAUAUGUCUAUCAAGGUCAUGGAUUUAUGGUCAUGUUGUAGAGGCCAAUAUUCCGACAAGGUCAUAAGUGGUGCUAAGCUGAAGCUGUGUGGUUAGCAGUCUGGCCAGCUUGGUCUGGUAGGGAAAGGAACACGGGCAGUUUGCUAGACCAGGUGACUAGGUCUUAUUGUAGAUCUCCCAUUAGUUUGUUUUCUUUCUUACCUUUGUUUCUUGGUAAAGCUUCUUUCAUAGGACACAUCUGUAUUCAUCUCAGUGAAGGGAAUAGGCAUUUGUGGAGAUAAAUGCCAAGAGAACCGAGCAGUCAGUUUCCUUGGAGGCCAAGCGAGGGGCUGACAGCUCCCUCUGGAUUAGAUCUUCCUUCCCAUUCAAGAAAUCAAAACAAGUGUGAGUCCUUUCUGAUCUAGUUCCAUUUUUUUUUAGGAUUUUAUUUUUUAUUUUUAGAGGGAGAGGAGGAAGGGAGAAAGAGAGAGAAACAUCAGUGUGUGGUUGCCUCUCAUGUGCCUCCCCCACCAGAAGCCUGGCCUGAAACCCAGGCAUGUGCCCUAACUGAGGGCACUGAGUCACACCAGCCAGAGCUAUUUCAAUUUAUUUUUAAGUAAUAUCCAUAAAAAUUGCCCUGGUCAGGUGGUUCAUUUUGUCAAAGCAUGGCCCCAUACACCAAAAGGUUGCAGGUUCAAUCCCCAGUCAGGAUACAUACCCAGGUUGCAGGUUUGAUCCCCUGUUAGAGUGCCUAUGGGAAGGAGGUGAUCGAUCUGUGUUUCUCACAUCUCUCCC